CAAGCACGAACGGUCCGCACAGGUCCACAGGUCUCUGUGCUUCACCAGCAACAAAUGUCUGUUAUACAUGUCUCUUGCAAGUUUACUAAUUCUAGGUCCCUGGUCUUCUAGCUUCUUCUGCUCAACAGUCUGAGAACUUAUCUACGAAAUGCUCUUAUACUUCUAGCUCUGCCAGAUAUCUUUUAGCAGUCGCUAAUUCGUAUAACAGAUCAAGCCAGAGCGAAUGUAGAAUCAUCAGCAAGCUGGGCGGUUCUGGGAGAGCACAAGGAUACACCCGGGGAUGCGGCAAGAGUUUCAGGUGCAAGUUGACAGCCAGUGAGACACUUGAUCCGUCGGUUGGCAGAAGGCUGAAGCUGGCUCUUUGUCGUGUUGUCUGCUCAAAGGAAAGUUAGGCAGUCUCGCUAUUGAGGCAGGAUAUUGGAUAGAGAUAACUUUGAUGAAUGAUAUGCAUCGCUGCCCAUGAAUGGUUAAAAAUGCAGGUGACGUGUCAGUCAAUUAUGUUGUGAAUGAAUGAAUGUCCUCAAACUGUUCCAGCACAUCUUCUUCACUUCUGGGUGUUACCCGAAUUCCCUAUCCUUGGGUCGUCCGUGCCCGAGCCGCGCUCAAGCUCACGGCAGGCGAAAGCGAGCCCUGACGAACCGCUCUGGAACAUCGAUUCAAGCGUUCCCCGACUUUUGGACAUCACCUUCGCUCUCGCAGAAUCACUCGCACAAUCACUUGAGAAGCUGCGCGUGAAGCAUCCUCGCUUGAGCAGAUGCACUAACGCUGCAGCAUAUCAUUUUUGUCGACAUUCUCGCUGCACCUACAGUCUCCACUACCUUCAGCCUCUUCCUCGUCACCCACCUCCGCCUCUCCACCUCUGAGCACCCCAAACACGUUGCUAAAGUCACAGCCUUUUUCGGGGACUUUGCAGAGUCAACAAAAUACCUGCGCGCAGCUUCGGUUGCCCCUCGAUCCAUCAUGCCAUGCUUUAAGGGCAUAGCAGUUAGCGUACACGCUGAAGGCGCUCCUCUGCCUGAAUAUUCGGUACAGAAGCAGUCCAGGGUUUCGCGCGUCAAUACGUAUAUUCCGGUACCAAAGCCUAAAAUUCCAAAAGAUGCUUCCUCCGACAAGGCAGAACCAUCCAAGUUCGCCAUCUCCAUCACCCUCCUCGUUCCUGGUCUCUCCGUUCCAUAUUCCACCCCAAAACCAACUGCCGACAAUCCACACCCCCGAGCCCAAAUCGUGGGAGGUCUGCCUGGCGCAGCUGGUUCACGCGGAAGCUACAGUGGAAGUAUAGGUCCAUACAUACCCAUCACAAAGUCCGAAAAUGAAACUAUUGCUGCGUACAUCUAUUUUGAUGGCCGGGCUAAGGAGGAGGUUGCUACACUGCUACGACCGGGCGAGGAGACUUGGGUAAACUCACGAUGGGUCCAAGUUCCUGCUUCUGAGGGUGGUGGUCUAGCCGAGAGAGAGUUUUUGUUCCGUGAGGUCGGACUUGAGAGAUGGCUGAAUGGUCUGGAUUUAGAUGGGAACGAUGCGGCGGCAAAGAUUGAGAAGCGCAGACAGAAGUUCGAGAAGCGUCGCAGACGUCGGAGAGAGACAAACGGAAGUGACGAGGAUCUUGACCUGACCGGAAAUAACUCAGCCGCACCCAAGUUCGGAGGGCGAGAAGUACUCAGAUAUGGUGAUGAUGCACAAUCUCCGGUCGAGAAGUUGGCAGAUUUCGACGACGAUGACCUCAGCUCAGACUCCGACGAUGACUUACCAGAGGCUGCUGGGCAGAUCAAAGUCGCAAUGUUCCGUGUACUGGCAUCUGGGGAGAUCAAGAGAGGCGAAUAUUCUCCACAAUUUGAUGCUCAUGAUGACGACGAGGACAAGGGAAACGGCGAAGAGGCGGAUAUUGAUCACACUACCAGUUUUGCAAAGCCAAAAACCCUGGAUCCCAAGUCAAUCAGCACUCAGACAGUCACGGGCAUUGAUGGACCAGACAAGCCUUUUGCAGUUUUCACAUUCUUCUAUCGCGGAGAGAAGCAACUGCAAAAGAUGGGAAUUCUACAUCCGAAGCCAGCAAAGGGUGCUGUAGCUCCUACCAAGCGACGUUCUACACAGCUCGACUUCUCGAAUCUAGCUCCAUUGAAGCAAGGUGGAACUGUUGGAUUUUCUUCUUUUAGAGAUAAUGAACCUUCCGCAGGCCGCAACAAGAAUAGAAAGAAGAGCAACGGUAGUGUUGGAGCAUCUGCGACCCUAGAAGAUAGCGACGAAGAUGAUGACGAUGCCGAGAUUGUAGGAAAGAUGGAGGAUGUUGAGGACAAGGAUGUGAAGACUAUGUUGAGUCCUGAAGACGCAAAAUUUACAGGCGAAUUGGCAGACGGGGUCAACAGAAUCAAACUCAAGCGCCAGCAUUCUGCCGAACCUCUUAACGCCAAUUCCCGCAAAUCACCUGCAUCAGCAUCUACUUCGGUUGGAGCAACUCCUCCUGCUGAAGCCGCAUCUGCCACUGCUCAGCCUCAACUACUCCCAAACAACGUGUUUGGUGGCGUACCAGAUGAGUCUGUCGUUGGCAGUCCCCUCAAGAAGCACAGGGCAAGCUUAUAUGACAUCGACAAUGAGACUAUGCAGAAGCGACUCGGUACAGGCUUCUCAUCGUCAGGUGGGGACGUUGUAGCUGCAGCGGAAGCUGCUCAGAAACCCCUUCCACCAGUCGACAACAAUAUGGAGGAUGAGGAGCUAUGA